AUGGACCAGCCUUCGGAAUCCGUCGUGAUCUCAGUAAGAAUCGAUGGCGCCAGCGCGUACGACCCCGACACCGGGGUCGACGCCAUCGCAACAACGAUCCCCAGCUUCUGUCGCGGCUGCAACGCAUCAACUGCGCACAACAACAUCCCCGUGAUCCAAUGCGCGUGGAAGAAAUUCGAGGAAGCCGAAUCCAGCGCGUCCUGGGAGGAGAUCAUCGUCAAAGGGGGCAUCGGGCCUUGGGACCGGAUCAAAGCCGCCAGGGACGCGGCGGACGCGGAGGUUGUGAGAGCCGAGGCUCGCGUGGAGGAACUCACCAAAGCCCUGGAGAUUGCAAGGAGCAAGAGGGAAUGCGCUGUUGAACGCUUGAAGGGAGCCGACGAUUACCUUGAGAAGGUGGUCGGGACGGUCGCAAGCGACAGCGGGCGCCUGGAGGAAAAGUUUGCAGAAAUGACAUCUGGCGGCAUCGACUUGUACAACCUCUGGGGAUCUUGUCCCACAGGAAUGCCGUAUAAGAUGAUCGACAGAAUCGAUAAACGGUUGCAUGAUGUUUUUGAUACGUUGCAGUCGACGACGCACAUUACUGGAAAGUCUUAUGAGUAUCCAGCCGAUGCUCCUCAGUUGUCGAGACCAGUGGUCGCUGCGACCGAGUCCUCGAACGCCACCGCGGAGCAAUCGAACAUACAAACACCUACACCGUCUGAGAAAAACCCUGGAAACAACCAGGAUAGAAGGAGAGGGAAGGGCAAGAACAACAAAAAGCGUCGCAACGACUCCAGAGCACAGCCUUACCCAACGCCGGCAAAGCAACACCGUGGCACUAAACAAGGCGCUGCGAUGCGCUCGGAGCUGCCCAAACAGGCGGGACCUACAACGAAUGUCAAGCGAGAGGUUGUGGAAGAGCCAGCGACAUCCGUUAGCAAUCAAAGUAAACCUAGCACAACAAACAGCGGGCCUGUGCAAUAUCUCCAAACGUCGGUCAAGCAAGAAGACGCCCAGCUUGAUCAGAUACCAUUCAAGACCGAGACGAGGGCGCAGCCCUUCGAAGGAAUGGGUUCAAGCGGCCUCUCAUGCGAGUCGGAGUUCCAGAGGGUUGAUCAGAACGACCUGCGGCAUAUUGCUGGGGGAUCAAAUCAAACCAGCAAUGGCAUCGACGACGGGGGGCCUGAUGGAGUUUACAGGAGCGGACCAGGAGAGGCCGACGUGGAGAGUUGA